UCUGGUCUAACCUGUGCCUCUUUUAUUACUCUGAAUAAAAUAAAAAUCUUCGUACAAAUAAAAUUUAAUUUUCCUUUCAAAAUUUUGUGCUCCCAAAACCCUAACCAAAACUUUCACAAACAGAAACAAAGCCUGCAUUUUCUAUAUAAUAAAUAUAAUUAACCUCGUUUCAUUCAACCUACACUGAUACAAGUUUCAAAGUUCAAACCCUCUGUUGUGUUGUGUGCAAUCAACAGUGAAACCCAUACUAUUCCAAUCUUUUUCUUCUUCUGUUGUACCAUGUUAGAAACUGGUGCACGUGAUUCUGAGUUGAGUUUAGAAACUGUGAAUUCAACACAGCGAAGCUCAAUGAGCAGUGAAAGCAUUUGCAGCACUAGUUUCAGCCGUCUUUCAUUCGACCUUCUUCCUCCUUCACCGGAGAGUCUCUCCCUCAAACCUCACCGCUCCUCCGACUUCGCUUACUCCGCCAUCCGUCGCAAGUCCGCUCUCACAUUUCGUGACUUCCACCUCCUCCGCCGUAUCGGCGCCGGAGAUAUCGGUACUGUUUACCUAUGCCGCCUGAGAAACGGAAAUGACAAAUUCAAAAACGAAGAAGAUAACACUUGUUUGUAUGCGAUGAAGGUUGUGGAUAAAGACGUUGUUGCAUUAAAGAAGAAAUCACAUAGAGCUGAAAUGGAGAGAAAGAUUCUGAAAAUGCUUGAUCAUCCUUUUCUUCCUACACUCUACGCUGAGUUUGAAGCUUCUCAUUUCUCUUGCAUUGUUAUGGAGUUUUGUUCCGGUGGUGACUUGCAUUCCAUACGCCACAAACACCCUCACAACCGUCUUCCUCUUAUUUCCGCUAGAUUUUAUGCAGCUCAAGUAUUGGUGGCGUUGGAGUACCUUCACAUGCUGGGAAUCAUUUACAGAGAUCUAAAGCCUGAGAAUGUGUUAGUUCGAUCAGACGGUCACAUUAUGCUUUCAGAUUUCGAUCUUUCACUUUGCUCAAAUGCAAUCCCAGCUGUUGAAUCAUCAGAUAAUUUACAAGAUUCUUCCACUUUUUCAUCAACAUUACCCUACACUCGUUCCCGUUCUUUUCCUACACCAUUCACUUGCUUUUCUAACCGGUUGUUUAAAUCACGUAAGGUUCAAACUGUUCAACCGAACCGGCUUUUUGUAGCUGAACCGGUGUCUGCUCGGUCUUGUUCAUUUGUUGGAACACAUGAAUAUGUCUCGCCGGAAGUUGCCGCCGGAAACUCCCACGGCAACGCCGUGGAUUGGUGGUCGUUUGGGAUAUUCAUCUAUGAACUCGUUUACGGGCGUACUCCGUUUGCGGCUCCAUCGAAUAAGGAAACACUGCGUAACAUCUUAAAAAAGCCUCUUACUUUUCCAACACCUACGGCCUCAAGCGCGCUUGAACUUCACGCGCGGGAUUUGAUUUCCGGGUUGCUUAAUAAGGAUCCGACUCAACGACUCGGGUCGAAACGUGGGUCAGCUGACGUCAAGCAGCAUUCGUUUUUUAAAGGGAUUAAUUUGGCGCUGAUUCGUAUGUUAACGCCGCCUGAAGUUCCUCCUGGCUCAAGAAAGCCUAAAACGAUGUCGUUGUAUCGUGGGAAGGGUAGUAAUAGUAGUAGUAGAGGGCAACAAACGUCGUCGUUUGAUAUUUACUUUUGAAAAAAAGAUGAAGGAUGGAUUUUGUACCACGUCUUAAAUGACGUAUUUUGUAUAUUGGACUAUUGGGUUAGUUAGUUAUGUUUUCAAAAUGAAAAAAUACAUAAA